AUGAUUAUUGAUAGUGGUGCUACAGCAAAUAUCAUAGAUGAAGAUUUAUGGCAACAGUUAAAAUGUAAGCAAAUUAAGUGUAAAUCUGAGUUGACAAACAGAAAGUUAUAUGCAUAUGGGUCAACAAAACCGUUAGAAUUAUUAGGGAAAUUUACCACAAAUGUUUCGAUUUUUAAAGAUGCAGGUAACAAUAGUUCUCCCAAAAUAACAGCAGAAGUAUAUGUGCUGAAAGGGAAAGCUCCUGCUUUGUUGGCAUAUGAUACGGCAAUGAAGAUGGGAGUGCUAAAUAUCGGCAUCCCACAAGGAAUAAAUAGUGUACAAGAUAAGUAUACACAGGAUUACAAGUUACAUUUAUUUAUUGAUGAACAGGUAACGCCAGUUGCUCAGAAUAUGUAUAGAGUACCCUUUAGUCUUAGAGAUAAAGUGAGUGACAAAUUAGAUUUGAAUUAUGGCUCUCAUCAAAUUGAAUUAGAUGAGCAAUCACGAAACAUCACAACAUUCAUAACAAGUAAGGGUCUUUAUCGUUACAAAAGGUUGAUGUUUGGGAUAAAUGCUGCUCCAGAAAAGUUGAAUGCAGAAAGUACUCAAUUGGUGACAGACGCAAGCAAUGUAGGCAUUGGUGGAGUUUUACUUCAGAAACAUGAUGGUGAAACCAGAGUUAUAAGUUAUGCCAGCCGGACCCUAUCCGAUGCUGAAAAGAAAUAUUCAACAACGGAAAAAGAGGCUUUAGCAGUGGUGUGGGCUAUGGAGAGGUUUCAUGUUUAUUUAUAUGGACUUGAUUUUGACCUAAUUACCGACCAUAAAACACUAGAAGGCCGGUAUGGACUAAAGUCCAGACCAAAUGCACGCAUUGAAAGGUGGGUGAUGAGACUUAUGUCUUAUUCUUAUACAGUAAAGUAUGUACCUGGCAAAAAUAGCAUUGCUGAUAUUUUAUCGAGACUACCAAUAGAAACUGAUGACCAACAAAAUAAUGACAGUGAUGAUACAGAGAUGUAUAUUCGAUUGGUCGCAUCAAAUGCAACGCCAUGUGCGCUAUCAUCACGUGAGGUUGAAGAGGCAUCCAAAGAUGAUCCAGAAUUGAGCAAGGUGAGAGAUAGUGUAUAA